UCUAUAGAAGACUCGAUGGUACAGUUGAAUGUUGUAGUAACAACAGCCUCACAGACAUUUGCUUUUCAUAUAGCAAUAACUUGGACAGCCACCUGUAUGCCUGUCUGCCAGCACGAAAAGUUAUUGAGGCCAGCAACGUUUGUCGAACCAACAUGGACUGCCAGAAGGACUUUGUUCCAAGCUUUUGUGUGACUCCUUCUUUAGAGAACCAAACAAGGCUAAUCAGGGUAAAACAUCCACCCCAUAUUGACAUGCUGUAUGUAGGACACCCCAUGCAUCUUCAGUACACAGUAAGUCUCAGCAGUUUUGUACCACGACAAAACUUUCUAAGCAUCGAUCUGCCUGUGGUGAUAGAGACGUUUUGCAAGUACCUAAUUUCACUGUCAGGAGCACUGGCAGUUAUCAAUGCUGUACCCUGCUUCGCUUUGGAUGGUCAGUGGAUAUUAAAUUCAUUCCUGGAAGCCACUCUGAGCUCCCUGAUUGUAGAAAAACAAAACAGGGAGCUUGUUGGCUUUUUAAUUUUGCUUGCCGGUAGUGCACUUCUGGCUGCCAAUGUUGCACUGGGACUUUGGAUGGUGACAGCACGAUAG